AUGGCCCUCGACAUCGUUGUAUUCUAUAUCAAAAGAUUUCUCAAAUUGGAAGACGCUAUUGAGUUUUACAACAAUUAUGCUCGAUUUGGUGGAUUUGAUACACGUAGAAACGGUUCUAAAAAGUCAGGUGAUGUGUUCACUUGGCUUUAUAUGGUAUGCUCGAGAGAAGGCGAAAGGAAAAUUAAUGAGGAAGGUUUCACUCCAAAACGCAAACGGUCUACGAAGAAGUGCAGUUGUCCGGCAAGGAUUUCCUUCAAAUUUGCUGGUUCGUUGGGUUAUGUUGUUAAUGAUUUCGUAGAAGGACAUAACCAUGAGAUGGUUCAAGCUGAACAUAAGCACUACAUGAGAUUAUUGAAGGAGCUGCUCGGUGGAUACGAAUCAGUUGGAUGUACUAUUGGUGAAGUUAGGAAUUUCACGCGUGAUGUCAGAAGGUAUGCCGACAGAUUUGAUGUUCAAAUGUUACUAAAUGAAAUGCAGAAAAAGAAAGAUAAUUGUGAGGGAUUUACGUUUGAAUACGAAAAAGAUUCUAGAGAAAGACUCACGCGACUAUUUUGGUGUGAUGCUUAUUCGAAGAUGAGUUAUCACAUGUUUGGUGAUAUCGUUGCUUUUGAUACAACAUAUUCGACUAGGUAUCGCAUGAUUUUUGCACCGUUCACAGGCAAGUAUAACCAUGGCAAGCCUAUCACAUUUGCAGCUGCUUUGUUAGCAAAUGAAGGUACUGAAUCGUUUUCUUGGGUGCUCGAGAAAUUUGUUAAAUGUAUGGGUUCAACUCCUAAGCUCAUAAUAACCGAUCAAGAUCCAGCCAUGAGAGGUGCUAUUGAGCAGGUUUCUGAUAAAGUGGGUAAGGAUCUUAGAGCUGAUGAUCAGUUUAAGAAGGAAUUAAAUUCUUGUGUUUGGUCAGAGUUGAUAGAACCUCACGAGUUUGAAGCUGCGUGGAAUGAAGUCAUGAACAAAUAUGGGUUGACGGGUGUAGAAUCACAGAAUAUGUUUUUCAAAAGAUACAACAAUUCUACAGUGAAUCUUGUUCAGUUCAUCAUCAAUUUCAAUCAUGCAUUGGAUGCCCAAAGAAGCAAUAGUGCGAAGCAUGAUUACUUGGACUCGACAACCAUCCCCAUUUUGAAGACGAAGUUGUUAUUUGAGAAACAUGCUUCGACCAUCUUCACUGAGAAUGCUUUCAAAUCAAUUCAAGAUGAGAUGGCUGAUGCAUCCUCUAACUGUGGUAUGAAAGGGAUGUCCACGGAGGACGAUAUUCAGUACUACGAGGUUGAUGAUCUAUAUGAGAAGACAUGGACUGUCACAUUCUGUACGGAUGACGAUUCAUACCAAUGCGGCUGCAAAUUGUUUGAGAGGAUUGGAAAGAUAUGUAGUCACAUAUUUUUCAUACUUAAAAGCAACCACGUGAAGCUGAUCCCUGACACCUUAUUUGGAGGUCGAUGGUUGAAGACACCACUAAUGAAGGCUGCACAUGGUGUUUUAUCUGAGGAGGACAGGACAUAG